CUAAUUUCGUUGGUGAGAACAUCGACAGGAGCCCCAGGUGGACGCACAGGAGUCCAGGUCAAGUGUGGGAUACCGACUUUGACAGUCAGCAUGCUCUGCAGCCUGCAGGUGAUAACAUGCGCCGUGUUUACGCUGCUCUUCCUCCCUGUCCGCAGCCUGUCGGAGGCUGGCUCCUGCCCCGCUGUCUGUGACUGCUCUGAGUGGUGGCAGACCCGCACCAUCACCUGCUAUGACAUUGACUUCUUCCCCAGGUUUCCGUCCAGCACCGAGUCUCUAUGGUUUUUUGAGACCCGACUGUCAUCAGUUCCAUCAGAUGUGUUUGCCAACAUGGUCAACAUCACGAGGAUAUACAUAUCGGUGGAUAUUACCCUGCAAAGACUGGAGAGGCACUCAUUCCACAGCCUGAAGAAAAUCGACUACAUUGAAAUACGGAACGCGAAGUCUUUGACCUAUGUCGACCCAGAAGCCUUUAAAGACCUUCCCAACCUUAAAUACUUGGGUAUUUUCAACACUGGCCUUACUUUCUUCCCUGUUUUGAGCAAUAUUCGCUCCAGCGACAUGAACUUCAUUUUGGAAAUGGUGGAUCAUCCCUACAUCACUGAAAUCCCCGCCAACUCCUUCCGUGGAAUCACCAAUGACGUGUUGACACUCAUGCUGUAUGGAAACGGCUUCAGAGAAAUCCAACGCCACGCCUUCAACGGGACCAAGCUGGAUCAAGUCGACCUUCACAGGAAUAAAUAUUUGACCAAGAUGGACGAAAGCGCCUUCGCGGGCACCAUCUGUGGCCCCAUGCUCCUAGACGUGUCGCAGACAGCCAUCAGGUCACUGCCGACUGCAGGUUUGGAGUCUCUCAGAGAACUGAAGGCACGCAACACCUGGGCUCUGAAGAAGCUGCCUCCCAUCAGAACGUUCAAGCACCUGGCCAUCGCCAAUCUGACCUACCCCAGCCACUGCUGCGGCUUCAAGAACCUCAAAAAGAAAAAAGGCUUUUUGGAAUACAUCAUCUGUAACCUGACGGCUCUCCACGAGCAGCAGCAGCACAAACGUUCUGUGGGACCCCUGCUCGUGCCAUCUCUCCAAGACGGCAACGCGGUCGAAGCGGUCCCUGACCUUGAGCCGAGCGAUGAAGGUCAAAGGGAGUCGCAGCAGGAUUGGAGGAGAGGCGACUUCCACGGCAGUCUCUAUUACCACGCCUACUUUGGAGGCCAGCCAGACGAGGACGUGGGCUUCGGGGAAACUCUUAAGAACGCCCAGGAGGACACCAGCCAAGAUUUCGACAGUCGUUACGAUUAUGUGGUGUGCGAAGAGGGAGUGGAGGUGGCGUGUUCCCCCGUUCCCGAUGAGUUCAAUCCUUGCGAGGACAUCAUGGGUUUUGGCUUCCUCCGAGUGUCCGUGUGGUUUGUGAGUCUGCUGGCCAUUCUGGGAAACGUGCUGGUGCUCCUGGUGCUGCUCACCAGCCAUUACAAGCUCUCAGUCUCCCGCUUCCUCAUGUGUCACCUGGCCUUCGCCGACCUCUGCAUGGGGAUUUACCUGCUGCUCGUCGCUUCUGUUGACGUCCACACGCGAGCCGAGUACUUCAACCACGCCAUAGACUGGCAGACUGGUCCCGGUUGCGGACUCGCAGGUUUCUUCACAGUGUUUGCCAGCGAACUGUCCGUCUACACCUUGACGGUCAUCACUCUGGAGAGGUGGUACGCCAUAACCUUCGCCAUGAGGCUGGACCGCAAGCUGCGUCUCCACCAUGCCGCCGCUGUGAUGCUGGGCGGCUGGGCCUUCUGCCUGGUCAUGGCCCUGCUGCCGCUCGUCGGGGUCAGCAGUUAUCAGAGGGUGAGCAUCUGUCUGCCGAUGGACACGCAGACCACGGCGGCUCAGGUCUACAUCCUGUCCGUGCUGCUCCUCAACAUCCUGGCCUUCCUCGUCAUCUGCGCCUGCUACAUUAAGAUCUACUGCGCCGUGCACAACCCUCACUACCGCUCUGGCUCCAAGGACACGAACAUCGCCAAGCGCAUGGCCGUCCUCAUUUUCACCGACUUCCUGUGCAUGGCACCCAUAUCCUUCUACGCCAUGUCAGCGGUGUUGGACCGUCCUCUCAUCACCGUGUCGAACUCAAAGAUUUUACUAGUGCUCUUCUACCCUCUCAACUCCUGCGCCAACCCUUUCCUGUACGCCAUCUUUACUAAAGCCUUCCGAGGCGACGUGUUCAUCCUCCUCAGUAAGGUGGGCCUGUGUCAGCAGCGAGCGCAGCUGUUCAGGGGCCAGACGGUCUCGUCUAAAGGAAGCAGCGGGACGUCGCAGGUUCGGAAAAUGAGGAAAGGAGGAGGCGCGGGGCAGGAGGAGAUGUCCAUUCACCUGAGGAAAUGCUCUGGACAGCAGUGUCAUCAGGCUGGGGGCCGACAGACGGGCGGAGAAGAGAGUCAGGGCCUGAACACGUGAACCAAAUACCAAAUCUGUUUGGGACUUUCAAAGAUCUCAGUCAAACUGUCUGCUGAAUUUCAGCUGUGAUGAUUUUAUGGUUUCUCUUGUCGGAAAAUGAUGAGUCAAUGAAAUAUAAGCUGCAUAACAGAGAUAGUAUAUUAGGUAAUGACAUAAUCAAAGAAGAAAAAAAAGAUACAUAAUUAAAGUGUGUGUCCAUGUCGGCCCAAACACAGUGUUUAUAAAGACGUGGAUUUCUGAGGGUGUCGCUGCGCAUCAGUUUCUGUUUGAAUUAAAAAAAACCUGUAUUUUGUUUUUUGCAUAUUAAAGUAUUGUUGAAGAGUUUUUUCUAAAACUUUGUGAAAAGUACUUGUGUACUUCUGCUCAACAACUCUCAGAUGUCU